AUGUCGAUCCCGAAGACCUUCUCACAAGUUUCUAGGAGGUCAAUUUCCCUUGUGAGGCCCACUGCAACUACUUUGGUGCCGACUGAAGCCGAAUUGAAGACUGCUACUCAAACUAAUGCAGAGGAAUUAUUUGACGAUGAUGACGCCAAGAAGCCUAUUUCCACUACUAAAUUCCAAGUGUUAGGUCAGCCAGCAACAAUGGCAUCACUCAUCGUACCACCCUCGAUCCCACUGUACGUAAGAAGAGGUUGUCUGGUAUCACUACAUGGUGCAGAAAAGCUUUCUAUGAAUUACGAAUGGGUUCAUUUCUGGUCCAACUUAAUACACUAUAGAUCCAUCAAACCGUCCAUUUAUCACAAAUUGGUGUCGACAUCUAAGUUUAACGCUUUAGUGGCCCCUAACUUUCUAUCAAAUCGUAUAGGUCCAUGGUUGGGUCUUUCAUCAUCACCAUUUAGAACUCUCUGUCUAUUAAACCUAAAUGGAUCAGCAGAUUGGAACGUUUGGGGUCAAGAUUCUGUGGUUGCAUAUGAAAAUAAUUCAAGUCUCUCCGUACAACCACCCAAUCCAUUUUUGAUUAGACUUAGAAGCCAAGCUUUUUCUUCUAAAUAUCAAACUGUUCAAGGAAGGGGUAACGUUUUACUGAGUGGUUCAGGAUCAGUGUAUACUGUGGAUCUGAAAGACGCCAAGGACGAAAUUAUCAUACGAUCAGAACACUUACUUGCGGUAAGCGGAGCCAACAGACGUGAAAUUACCAAUGCCAUUACAGAACAGAAAUUAUCACCUCCACCAGAAAUGACUAGAAAAGUACCUAGUGAAGCUGGGAGAUUUUUUGAAAGUAUCAGAGAACUUGAUGGUAGAUUAUUUUGGGAUAGUUCAAAGGCGGUCGGAAUCAAAUUUUGGAAUUGGACUAGAAGAAUUUACUCUAGACUUAUCAAUGGUCCUACUAAGUAUUUGAAAAUCCAAGGUCCUAGAACUUUACUAAUACAAAGCUCUUACAACGUUUAUCUACCAGCAAGCCCAAUCAAUAGAAACUCUGUCGAACAACAAUGGGCUAAACCAGAUUCAUUAGCACAGAACCCCUCAAAGAAUUAUUUCAAUUACGCAAGUGUCUCUACAAAUGGUAACGUCGAAUUUGAAGCAACUCCCAAUUUCAAUGAAACUGUUAAAAAAAUCGAGGAAUCUGGUAAUAAGAAGCGUUGA